AUGUCUAUUGUUUCAGUCGCGCCUCGUCGACGUCGCGGGGAGCAGGUUCAACUCAGAGUUUUCUCGGGCAUUUUCGGCCCUGAAACCCAAUUGUUGGAUAUGGGCUCCAGAAUGGUCCCAGCAAAUCUCGUUAGAUUUAACAUGCCAGCAGAAAGAGCCCUCGCAAUGGGUCUACAGAAGUUUGAUCAGAACGAACAAGAGCGGUAUACCGCAUACAAUAAGGCGAUGUUAUGCUAUCAAGCUCGAAAUAGGAUCCAUCAUUGGCUCCAUAUGGGCCACCGCUAUGAAAACGUUCCGGACGAAGAAAAUUAUAUACUGUUAAAGCCUAAAAACAGUCUGUCCUUUAUACAAAAUCUCGCUGUGGAGCUGCAAAACAUGAUGUAUACAGACUUGAUGGGUGGUGGAGGAUUGGUUGAUCCUUUCCGGGAAAGAUGA